GUCAGAGGAAUGGGGAACUAGAAAAAGAAAGUCAAAGGCACUGCCAGGCAAGAAAACGCUGGGUCUCCUUCCACAAGUUUGGAAAUGUUGGAAGGUGGACCAGUUGGGAGUCACCAUCUGAACAACCCCUGUGUACUUUUUAUAAAUAAUGUACCUGAACCAUCAUUUACUGGAAGUGGCAAUCAACCUGUGAGGAACCGCAAACGAAAAAGUCCACCUUGAGUGUCGACGUGAUGGAAUUGGGGGCGGAGACGAGGGAGAGCAGUGGGCUAGGAUGGCUCACAGUCUCCGCAACAUGGCGACCCUGGAACCAGCUGACUUGCAGGAGGCGGAGCUCCGCCCCAGCUCGCCCGGCCCCACCCCGCUCGGCCCCGCCCAGCGCACCCCUCGACCGGGGCGCGAGGGUUGUGAGGUGUUUGAGCGAAGCGCCUGCGCAGGGCAGCGGCGCGCGGGGCGGAGGCUUUAUAACCACUUCGUCGUUGCUGCUCGGCUUCUAGCUCCAGGAGGGCGGCUGAGACGGUGGCGGCGGCGGCCGGGCGCUGGCUGAGGGGCACUGAGGCGGGAGCUGUGGCGGCGCUGGGCGCCCCUGGCCCCUCGGCCUCUGCGGGUCAUGGGCUCCGAAAAGGACUCCGAGUCGCCGCGCUCCACAUCCCUACAUGCGGCCGCGCCCGACCCCAAGUGCCGCAACAGCGGCCGGCGCCGGCGCCUCACCUUCCACAGCGUCUUCUCCGCCUCGGCCCGCGGUCGCCGCUCCCGGGCCAAGCCGCAGGCCGAGCCGCCGCCCCCGGCCGCGCCGCCGCUGCCCGCCCCGGCCCCUGCCGCGGCCCAGGCCCCGCCGCCCGAGGCGCUGCCCGCCGAGCCGGCCGCCGAGGCCGAGGUGGAGGCCGCGGCGGCGGCGGCGGCGGAGCCGGGGUUCGACGAUGAGGAGGCGGCGGAGGGCGGCGGCCCAGGCGCGGAGGAGGUGGAGUGCCCGCUCUGCCUGGUGCGGCUGCCGCCCGAGCUGGCCCCGCGCCUCCUCAGCUGUCCGCACCGCUCGUGCCGGGACUGCCUCCGCCACUACCUGCGCCUGGAGAUAAGCGAGAGCAGGGUGCCCAUCAGCUGCCCCGAGUGCAGCGAGCGACUCAACCCGCACGACAUCCGUUUGCUGCUCGCCGACCCGCCGCUUAUGCACAAGUACGAGGAGUUCAUGCUGCGUCGCUACCUAGCCUCGGACCCCGACUGCCGCUGGUGCCCGGCCCCGGACUGCGGUUAUGCUGUUAUUGCCUAUGGCUGUGCCAGCUGCCCGAAGCUAACUUGUGAGAGGGAAGGUUGCCAGACGGAGUUCUGCUACCACUGCAAGCAGAUAUGGCAUCCAAAUCAGACAUGCGAUAUGGCCCGUCAACAGAGGGCCCAGAGUUUACGAGUUCGGACCAAACAUACUUCAGGUCUAAGUUAUGGGCAAGAAUCUGGACCAGCAGAUGACAUCAAGCCAUGCCCACGAUGCAGUGCUUAUAUUAUCAAGAUGAAUGAUGGAAGCUGUAAUCACAUGACCUGUGCAGUGUGUGGCUGUGAAUUCUGCUGGCUUUGUAUGAAAGAGAUCUCAGACUUGCAUUACCUCAGCCCCUCUGGCUGUACAUUCUGGGGCAAGAAGCCAUGGAGCCGUAAGAAGAAAAUUCUUUGGCAGCUGGGCACGUUGAUUGGUGCUCCAGUGGGGAUUUCUCUCAUUGCUGGCAUUGCCAUUCCUGCCAUGGUCAUUGGCAUUCCUGUUUAUGUUGGAAGGAAGAUUCACAGCAGGUAUGAGGGAAGGAAAACCUCCAAACACAAGAGGAAUUUGGCUAUCACUGGAGGAGUGACUUUGUCUGUCAUUGCAUCCCCAGUUAUUGCUGCAGUUAGUGUUGGUAUUGGUGUCCCCAUUAUGCUGGCAUAUGUCUAUGGGGUUGUGCCUAUUUCUCUUUGUCGUGGAGGUGGCUGUGGAGUUAGCACAGCCAACGGAAAAGGAGUGAAAAUUGAAUUUGAUGAAGAUGAUGGUCCAAUCACAGUGGCAGAUGCCUGGAGAGCCCUCAAGAAUCCCAGCAUUGGGGAAAGCAGCAUUGAAGGCCUGACUAGUGUAUUGAGCACUAGUGGAAGCCCUACAGAUGGACUCAGUGUUAUGCAAGGUCCUUACAGCGAAACAGCCAGCUUUGCAGCCCUCUCAGGGGGCACGCUAAGUGGCGGCAUUCUCUCCAGUGGCAAGGGAAAAUACAGCAGGUUAGAAGUUCAAGCCGAUGUCCAAAAGGAAAUUUUCCCCAAAGACACAGCCAGUCUUGGUGCAAUUAGUGACAACGCAAGCACUCGUGCUAUGGCCGGUUCCAUAAUCAGUUCCUACAACCCACAGGACAGAGAAUGCAACAAUAUGGAAAUCCAAGUGGACAUUGAAGCCAAACCAAGCCACUAUCAGCUGGUGAGUGGAAGCAGCACGGAGGACUCGCUCCAUGUUCAUGCUCAGAUGGCAGAGAAUGAAGAAGAAGGUAGUGGUGGCGGAGGCAGUGAAGAGGAUCCCCCCUGCAGACACCAAAGCUGUGAACAGAAAGACUGCCUGGCCAGCAAACCUUGGGACAUCAGCCUGGCCCAGCCUGAAAGCAUCCGCAGUGACCUAGAGAGCUCUGAUACACAGUCAGACGAUGUGCCAGACAUCACUUCAGAUGAGUGUGGCUCCCCCCGCUCCCAUACUGCAGCCUGCCCCUCGACCCCCAGAGCCCAAGGUGCACCGAGCCCAAGUGCCCAUAUGAACCUCUCUGCCCUAGCCGAGGGACAAACUGUCUUGAAGCCAGAAGGUGGAGAAGCCAGAGUAUGAAGUGGAAUAUGCACUUUUGUCUUCCUGGCCAGUGUUUUACUACAAUGAGGAGGGCAAGUCUGGACAACAGCCAGCUUGGAAGAUUCUUAUCUCUUGGGCACUGCAGCCAGACUUCACACGUUUCCCUGCACCUAGGACAGGAAAUGCUGUUAGUGGACUUUGGAUUUCUGGAAGAAUGUUCCCUGAAGGGGGCGUGUACUUGUGUGAAAAAGAGAACUUGUUGGAAAAAGAGGCAGACAGCCUGGAGAUCUCUGAAACGCAAAUUAUCAACUCAAAACUUGGAAUUCUCUUGAAGCCUCAAGAGAACAAUUCACUUCUUUGCUGUUGGAGGGGCAGUAGUUUAUGGCCAAACCUGUAUUUCUUAUCUGGGUUCCACUUACUACGGCUGUGAGAUUUGGGCAGUUUACUCUCAGUCUGUUUUCAAUUAGCCAAAAUGGAGAUGAUGAUCCUAGUUAUGGGGUUGUGAAGACUGAGAUGGUAUACUGAAAAUGUUUUGGUAAAGGCCCAUGUUUUUUCCUCCUGCAGGAAUAAGAAGAAAUGAGUUAAAGGAGAUUUUAGAUAUCAAAUAAGAAAGGAAGCCUAGACCUCUAGGCCAGAGGCUAUGAAACAUUUAAAUUCAUUCUAAUCCUUAGCAACACAUUAGCAGAUGAAAAGGCCCAUCAUCACCACCUAGAGGCAAACACAAGUAAUGCAUUAGAAAAUUUAUAGUAGCUUACAAAAUGGGGAAAGUUUAAUUUCCUCUUCAUACAGCCUGCAUUCAUUCUGAAAUACCUAUGGCAUUUCAGGUAUAAGAUGUAGCAAUGACUAAAAUUCCAAGUUCCUGUCCCCAUGGAACUUAGACUCUAGUGGGGGAAAGCAAUCAGAUAUAUAAUCUGGAUUGAGGAUAAGUACUCUGAAGAAAAACGGAAGACAGAGUGGUAGAUAGUGCUACUUGACAUGACCAGGUUGGGCCUCCUUGAUAAGGUUCCAUUAUUAUUAGAGCCUUUAAUGGAGCAAGGAAGAUAUAACUAUGUGAAUAUCUAGGGGAAGCACAUACCAGACAUGAGGAAUAAAGUACAAAGGCCCUUUGGUAGAGCAUCCUUAGUCUGUUUCCAAAAAAGCACAGUAUAAAGGCCUAUAUGGCUGGAACAAAGUGGACCAAGAUGGGGAGAGGAGUGGAUUAGGUCAAAGAUGUGGCUGGGGCAAGGUUGUGUAGAUUAGCCAAACAACUCUGAAGACAAGGAAAUUUUAGAUUUCUCUGGGCCAGGAAGAGGUAGUCUUCAACGCCAGACAGAUGCAGUGCUUGCAGCCAGCUUUCAAAGGGGCUGAAACUGGGAGGGGGCAUGUCUGAUCACUAGUACUACUUGGACAGGCCAAUGUGAAGAAGCUUGUGGAUAUGGUAAAUGAAUACUUAUUUAUUUUCACCUAAGGUACCUUCUUAUGCUGCAGAGGCUGGAAAACUAAAACCUUCAUGUCUUAGAUUUCCUUGAAACCAAGGUUCUGAAGGUAACCUAAGGUUGAGUUUUGCCAAUUAGAUGCACAAACAAGAUGUGGAAGAAGGAGUGAUUCAGGGGUUAUCUUUAGCUACUUUGGCUAUUGCUCCUGCAAGAUGUAGGUUUCUCUUUAACUGCAUUCUAAUAUCCAUCAGUAGCUUUGUGGGUGUUGAAGGGUGUCUGGAUCCAUAGAUAGCAGUUUGUGAUGUUUUCUUGUAGUCAACCUGUAGUGGCCUCCUAACUCCUCAUCUCCCCUUUGGUGGCAGAGGUAGCAGCUCACAUGGAAGGCUAAUUCCGGGUCUGGGAAUCUCCUGGAGGCCCAGCCUAUGGCCAUGUUCCCCAGGCUUUCCAAUGCUUUUGUAAGCACCUAAUUGACCUGUAUUGAAUCCUUUUCUACUUAAAAUUGGUAAAGGGGUAUUGUUUUCUGCAGUUACUGAAUCCUGGCUAAUAUAAUAUUUGGUUCCAAAAGUGGUUACUAGCAACAGGACCUCAAAGAUGGGCCUCUUAGAAUAGUUAUGACUAAGCUGCAUUUGAAGGAAAUGUAGAUCUAGUCGCCACUGGAAAAUGAUAAACUGGUAGGCAAAUUGCUUACACCUGUGGUCACCUGAAAUGAAAUGUCUUUUGAAGAAAAGACAUUGGCACCUCAAAGGGCUGCCAUAAUAGAUCAUCAUGUAAGAAAUGGGGACAAAUGAUGGUGACUACACUAGAGGGGUUAGAGGAAAAAGAUGAAAAGCUCAAAAGUUUGACAUUUUCAGCUCAAGGCAUAGUAUGGGAGAGACCCAAAAGAAUUUUAUCUUUUGUAGCUGCAAGGCUCAUGUACAUCAAAAUCAAAGGGAUAUUCUGGAUCACUGAAUUACAUACAACGUAAGUUGAAUUCGUAGCUUUACCAGGCCUCUUAUGUGAAAGUGGGGCCCUGAAAUGAGCAGUGGGGACCCUUGAGUGGAUUUGGAUAAAUUCGAGUGCUGUCAACUCACAGACUCCACUUCUCUUAAGCAGCAGAAGCAGCCCUUCUUCCCCUCAUACAUAUGGCUGGUUCUGCUGUUUGAAGAUCUUGGGGUAGUUGUCCUAAAAGGGAAUACUAAUACUUCUCAUGUCCCACCCCCUACCCCUCCUUGCUACCAGCUCUAACUAGAGUCAGAUCCCAGUAUGCUUCUGGAAGGCAAACCCAAAGUCUGAUCUGAGAGAAGACUUACAGAAGAGUUGUAAGACUUUGCUAAUUUGUAUCAGCAGAAACAAGGGGAAAACGUGUAGAGUGUAUUCCAAAGAUGUUGGACCAGGAAGGUAGGAAUAUACAUUUAUUUUCA